CAAUCUGUGGUUCUGACCUGACUUUUGUCAAACAGAAAAUAACCAAUUUUCGGGUGAAAAUUUAAUCUUUAUCGUUUAUCUGAAAUUUUUAUCCUAACAUACGUUCUCCAGUCGUACAUUAAUACUACAAAGACAAUGGGCGAUCACGACGAUUUUGAAGAUAACCAGUACCCGGAUAACGACGAGUUUGUUCCAUACGUGACUGCCGGUAAUCUCACACAAAGAAAUGGCGCGAAAGUGGCAAUUUGGGGUAAAAUCACUAGAGUAUCAGCAAGCGAAGGCUUUUACAUCAAGACUGUCGAUGACCAAGAAGUACUUAUCAAGUUGAGGAAGCCCUUAGACGAGCCUUUAGAAGGCUGGUACGAGAUAUUUGGCGUGUCCCAAGGGAAGAGCAUUCUAUGCGAUGAAUAUGUACCGUUUAAUCAAGAAAUGACAAAAAAUGUUGAUGUGGAAGGACAUAAAGGCUUGGCGAGAUUGUUAGCAGCCCUGGAUGAUCCCUGGAACCUCGGGGAUGAAGGAUCAAAUGGCUUAAAUGGUGUAAUGCCCAUGGAAUGAUUGCAGCUGUAUUAAAGAUUUUAAUUAGCAUGUAAGUUUCUUAUAUUGUACAUUUCAGUAAUAAAAAUCAUAUAAACA